AUGAUACUCAAAUAUAUUUUGAACUUCAGCAGUCUUCUGAAUGGCAUUGGUGGAUGGGUCCCAACUGGAUGUCAACUAAAGCCAUUAGGGAAUGAAACUGAAAGAUAUACAUGUAAGUGCAAUCACACAACUUCUUUUUCAAUCCUGAUGUCACCAUUUUCCUUGGAAAAAGACAAAGCCAUAAUCUUAGGCUAUAUAACUUACAUUGGUGUUGGCAUUUCAAUGGCCAGCUUGGUUUUCUGUAUCAUCAUUGAAAUCAUUAUAUGGAAAUCAGUGACACAAAAUGACACAUCAUACAUGCGCCACGUCUCCAUCAUCAACGUUGCUGUAUCCCUUCUGAUUGCAGACAUAUGCUUCAUCAUUGGAGCAGCUGUUGUAAAGAAAGGAGUGGGACCCUGCAGUACAGCGACAUUCUUCAUGCACUUCUUUUAUUUCGCCCUUUUCUUCUGGAUGUUGCUGUCAGCACUCUUACUCCUCUACCGCACCCUCAUGGUCUUUUCCAGAACAUCCAGAGGCACAAUGAUGGCCAUAGCCUUCACUGUUGGCUAUGGUGCACCAUUAAUCAUAGCUGUCGUUACUGUGGCAUCUACAGCUGGAAGCAAAGGAUACAUUCAAAAAGAUUACAACUGUUGGCUGAACUGGAAUAAAACGAAGGCCCUCCUGGCAUUUGUGAUUCCUGCUCUGACUAUUGUAGCUAUAAACCUGCUGGUACUUAUCAUGGUUCUGUGUAAGAUGUUAAGGAGAGGAGUUAAUGCGUCCAUUCAGCCAGAUGAGAAACAUCGACUAGUGGUCAUUGCGAGAUGUGUGGGGAUUUUAACACCACUCUUUGGUCUUACAUGGGGAUUCGGCACUGGGACCAUGGUGUCAUCGAACUUUGGGAUUCAUGUGGUGUUCGCAUUCCUUAAUUCAGUGGUUUUCAAAGUCCCGCCAGGCGAGGAUUUAACAUCUACCCAGCUACAAGAGCUGAGGGAACUGAAGGAUCAGUUUAAAGAAGUGCUCUCUGCAGAGCCUGGGUGGACUCACCUCCUACAUCAUGACAUCAAAACCCUUGCAGGAAGAGUCAUCCAACAGCAACUCUACCAAGUCCCAGAGACCCACCACCAAGCUAUAGAGGCAAAAGUAGCCAGGAUGCUUCAGGAAGGCAUCAUUGAGGAAUCCACCAGUCCUUGGUCUAAUCCCACUGUUGUCAUACCCAAGCCUGAUGGAAACCUCCAACUCUGUAAUGACUUCUGGAGGCUGAACAAGAUGUUGGAGUUCAACAGCUAUUCCUCCAUCUACACAUGCAGUAUUUCCUGUGCCACUAGGUGCCGCACAAGCAAAUCAUCAUAG